AUGACGGGGCGCAGGCGCAGGGCGUCUACAUCCAGCGUGGAAACCGUCGAUGGCUCGCAAAUCCGCUGGCGUCAAGAGACCUCUGUCGUGCGAUCCGUACCAAAGGCCACUUCCUCCGACGACUGGCCCAUCUUCGAGCUCCAAGAUGCCAUCGUGCUGGACAAAGACGGCGAAAAUAUCAAAAACGCUCUUCACGCCGGCCAUGAAGGCCCAUUCAUCGUGAGGGGCAACCUCAUUAUCGAUGAUCCCGCCCAAAGGACGCACCUCAUUAUGAAAGUGCGCGGCGCUACCCCGCUCGAGAUUCGCCGUUGCGCAUCCUACUCCAUUGGAGAAUCGCCCGAUGGAAGACCGUUGAUAUGGGUUUCCGGCCAGGGCGGCUGGUACGAGAUCGAUCCAUGUCCUGCCUACAAGCCCAUGUAUAACAAGAUGUGCGAGGCAACAACCAUGUACUACAACAUUCUUGACAUUUAUACAGACGACCCGCCAAGGAAGACCAAGAAACUGAAAAAUAGCUCCGCCUUGGAUGAGCUGGACCAAGUAUUUCACAAGUACGCCGCGCGCAUUGGUGAUGGCGCAACCCUGGAAGAGGUCCAUGAGAGGGCCAACGAACACAGUGCUUUCUUUAUUGACCAAUUCUCACAAGAUGUGGACACUUGGAAGUCAACGGGCUUUUAUCAGUAUAUCACCACGAAGCAUGUCGAGCUGGGCAACAGAAUUAGAGACGCAAUGGAGAAGCUCCGUCUCCAGCCGUACGCAUCAGACGCAGAACACAGCUCCCGCUCGAUGGGCCGCUCCCGCUCGAUAAAGAGCAGCAGCGUCGAAGUCCCCGACAGCAAGGCUUUCCAGGCAAGCCAAAGGCCAAGACCAACCCCAACCGCUCCCAAACGCGCCGAGAAGCCUGGCCAAGAAGCCACCCCAGAGCCAGUCCCCGUCAUGUCACUCUACGUCCGGGGCGGGCAGGACGACGCUGCCGACUCGCCAUUGCGCUCUGCCCUCGCUGCACUGGAAGAUGUAUACAGCAAUACUGGAGCCAGCAAAAAUGGCAUGACAUACCGAGCAGCCCUCACCAAACUGUACUUUAACUUUUACUUCCCAACUUACAAAGACAGCCGCCCCGGCUCCUACAAGCAGCCCGUCGAAGACGCCCUCCACUACUACUCCAAGGCUCUCGUCGAAACCCUGGACCUAAAAUACCGCACUCACGAAAUAUACAGCAAACUUCAGGAACUGGCCACGGCCCCCUUCCAACCACGAGCAUACAAACCAUCCGACUUCCCCAUCAUUCUUGUUCCCCGUAAAUCACAACCUCGAAAGGGCACCCCUGCGCAACCGCCUCCGAACGUCCCCAGCGUCAGCCCCGGAAACCACACUCACCAGCCCCCUGCUGUGACGGAAACUCCCAGGCCGCAAGGCAAACGUCCUACACGCACACCCGGAAAAUCCGCCCUGCGCCCCGUAAACCGCGCCCCGAAACGACCCCGCGAUGAGUUCGAAAGCGAUGAUAACGAAUCCCCCGUCGCCAAACGCUCCCACUACUUCGUCGAAGACGACUCCAUGGACGGCGCGCCCGACCUCAACUCCCAGGAUGAAAACGACGCGGACGACGAUACCAAAGAAACAAAAUCCAAGUUUGACAUAGAACCAAUCAAACUCGUCAUCAGGGCCGACCGGGUUCCCGAUUCCUCCCCCCGCGGUCCCCACGACAUGUGGACCUGCGACGAACAAGGCUGCAACUACAUAGUCCGAGGAGGCGACCAAGAAGAAUGCCAGCAGAGAAUCCAGCAGCAUUUCAGAGACCACGAGAAGCAGCUCGCACGGGUCAACCUCGCCAUGAGGGAGGGCGCCCGCAACCACAUGUCCAUCAAGUACGCCUACUUCCCCCCGUUUCUAAUCCAAGUCUGCUUUGAUGCCCCUUUACCACGUCAUACGUAUCCCGCACCCCCGCUACCUCCUCCUCCAUCCGUCCCGUCUUGUUCCCCGUCAUCCUUAUUCCCGUCCAUUGCAGCAGCAGCAGCAGCGUCACACGACACGCCGUCAAGCACGACCGUGUCCCCCGAUCUAAGUAGAUUAGCCAGGGGCCGUUUCCGCGCUCUAGUAGAGCGGUUUCGCAGAACAACACCCCCGCUGCGGCGGCGCGCAGUCGACAGGCAAAAGAAAGAAAAAGGAAAACAGAAAAUCUAA